UGAGCAAAAACAGCUUUAUCAGCACUACUGCUGUGCACUCUGCUGUGACUUAACCUGACUACACCUUAACCUCUCCAUCACAUAAACGGAGGCGCGGGCGGGGGUUGCGUGAGCCCGCUCCGCCCGGCGCAGACCCUCCUGUAUCCUCGCCGUCCCUGCGGGAGCAGCGGCGAGGCGCUCUCGGCGAUGGCUUUGUGGGGCGUGGAGGCGGCGGCACGGCGGGUGGCGGAGCUGGAGGAGGAGCUGCGGGGUCUGGCGGAGGAGCUAAGCAGGUGCCAGGCUGAUAAAGAGUUUGUGCGGUCUCUGUGGAAACACCUGGAAGUGUCAAGUCCAGAUCUUAUGCAAGCUGUCGGCUUGGUUGUGGAAAGAGAAAAACAGAAAGCUGAACUCAAGGACAGAAGAGUUUUAGAACUUUAGAAGCCAAAGACAGCAAAAUAGAAACACUAGAACAGGUUUGUAUUAUGUUUCAACAGACCAGUUAAAAAAACUUGUUAUUGACAUGACAUUUUUAUUUCCUAAAAUGAGAAAAUAGUUUACUGUUGUAUCUUAAGGAGAAAUUUGCAGGUGAUUCAGAGAUUAUAACCUUCUGAUAAAGUAUUAAUUAAAUUCUUCUGAGUUCUUCAAACAGUUGAUCUUUUACCUAAGCAUUCCUAUGAUUUUAGAUGAAACUUUUUCUGCAAAUUUUAAUUGGUCAUUCCCUCAUUUUGCCUAAUGGGCUAACCUACACUUGGAUUUCAGUCCAGAAGAGCUCUGACUGGUUGUAAUGUGCCCAUGCUUUGGAAAGAUUUGCCAUCCUGACAAGUACAAAAAAAUAUACCUGAUGCACCUUCUGCCUGACAAGAGUGGUAGUGUUUCUCUUUUUAUUAUUAAAUAAAUUCAUAUUUAAAUGAAUA